UCAUUUCGUGCAGGUAAACGGAGGUUUUCAUGGAGGUUGAUGUUGGUAUAAGCUUGCCACGCUGCUGAGAUCGGCGGGUCACAAGGUCACUGCUCCUGAUCUAGCUGCUUCAGGAAUCAACUUAAAGCGAAAGGAAGAGAUCCGUUCCAUCUCUGACUACUUCCAGCCAUUGAUGGAGGUCAUCGCCUCCCUUCCUCCAGACGAAAAAGUGAUACUGGUGGGCCACAGCUUCGGUGGUCUUAGCAUCUCAGCUGCCAUGGAGAGGUACCCUCACAAGAUUUCCGUCUCUGUUUUCGCCUCUGCUCUGAUGCCUGGUCCAAACUUCACUUUUCCCAACUCUUAAUCAAGAGUAUCAAAACAGAAUGGGUUCAAGUUCAAAGGUGGAUACCGAGUAUUGGUUUGAAGAUGGACCCGAUAACCCACCAACUCCCAUCUUGUUUGGGCCGGAGUGCUUGGCCUCCAAGCUUUAUCAGCUCUGCCCUCCGGAGGAUUUGACACUGGCAAAGAUGCUGGUGAGACCCUUGAGUCUCUACGGCGAUCGAGAAUUGGUGAAGGAAACGGUGGUGUCCAUGGAGAAAUAUGGGUCAGUUAGCCGCGUAUUCAUCGUGUGCCAGGAAGAUAAGGUGAUGAACGAGGAUUACCAGCGGUGGAUGAUUCACAAUAAUCCGGUGACGGAAGUCAAAGUCUUCCACGGUUCCGACCACAUGGUUAUGCUCUGUAUAUCGCUUGAGCUCUGCACCUGUCUCCUCGACAUUGCUGAGCGUUAUUCUUAA